AAAAACUUACUACUUGCGUCUCUCCUUAGCUCCCGUUUUGUAACUUUUAAGGGUGUUUAAAAUGGGUGUGCUAGGGAAGAUGGAAGUUGAAGUUGACAUCAAGCUAUCUGCAGAUAAGUUGUUUAGAUUAUGGGCCAGCAAACCAUACCAUGCUGUCGACAUUCUCCCUCACAAAUAUCAGAGUUGCGAACUGCUUGAGGGUGAAUUUGGGCAGCCUGGUUCUGUAGUCUUAUGGACUUGGUUCCUUGAUGGGAAAAAGCGUAGCGACAAGGGGAUAUUUGAAGUUUUAGAUUACGAGAACAAGUUACUGAGAUUCAAAAUCACUGAAGGAUCAAUUUUACAAGAGUACAAAAGAUUCACAGUAAUUACCCAGGUUAUGGAAAAAGGUGCAACGACUACAGAAAAAUGGGCUGUUGAGUUUGAGAAGUUCAAUGACUAUGGGCCUUACCCAAACAACUUGAUGGACUUCUUUAUUGGAGUAACAAGAGAUAUUGAGGCCUAUUAUCUCAAGGAGUAAUGAACUUAAAAUCCUCUAUAUCACUAUGUAUCCAAUUAUGUAGUACAACAUAUUACAUAUGUAUCGUAAAUUUAUGGUGUGAUGCUUUAUAUGCAACCUACAACAGGUACACUUAUUUUAUUUUUUUAA